UAGAGGUGGAGGUAGCUCCACAGACUCAGUACAUAGUAGUGGUGGAGCUACACUGGCAGCGGCAACUAUGACAGGAGAGAAGUUUACAGGCUGAGCUAGGCUGGUGGCAGCCCUUGUCGCAUUCUUGGAGAAACAGCACGAGCCGUUGGACGUCGAGGAGUGGCGGGACAGUCCGUGUCAGUGGGACGGUAACUGGUGGGUACAUAAUACGGUUUCUGGAUAGAGAGCAGCGGCGGCGGCAGGAGCAGCAGGAGCAGGGCGAGUGUGUGAGUGCUUGGCGGCGUCCCGCUGCUAGCGAAACAUGAACAAAAACCACCGAGUGCCGAGCAGCCGUUCUCUGUGUGCCGUGGAGGUGAAGAGCAAGUUUGGUGCAGAGUUUCGUCGGUUCUCCCUGGAUCGGUCGAAGCCAGGCCGGUUCGAUGAGUUCUACGGCCUCCUGCAGCAUGUGCACCGCAUCCCCAACGUGGAGCUGUUGGUGGGCUAUGCCGACGUCCACGGCGACCUGCUGCCCAUCAACAAUGACGAUAACUACCACAAAGCCAUCUCCACUGCCAGCCCUCUACUCAGGCUGUUCCUGCAGAGGAAAGAGGAAGCUGAUUACACAUUUGGUACCAACUCGCUGACCAGGAAGAAAAACACGGUGCUUUCGGCGGUUCUUCUGCGGCCCGACACCAACAGGAAAAAACCACCAGUGAUCAUCAGCCUUCCUCGGGACUUCCGGCCCGUCUCCUCCAUCAUCGACGUGGACAUCCUCCCUGAGACGCACCGACGCGUUCGGCUGUACAAGCACGGCCAGGAGAAACCGUUGGGCUUCUACAUCCGCGACGGCUCCAGCGUGAGGGUCACUCCACAGGGCCUGGAGAAGGUCCCGGGGAUAUUCAUCUCCCGCAUGGUGCCCGGCGGGCUGGCCGAGAGCACCGGCCUGCUGGCAGUCAACGACGAGGUGCUGGAGGUGAACGGCAUCGAGGUGGCUGGGAAGUCUUUGGACCAGGUGACGGACAUGAUGAUCGCCAACAGUCACAACCUCAUCAUCACCGUCAAGCCCGCCAACCAGCGGAACAAUGUCGUCCGCAGCGGGGGAGGAGGAGGCGGCGCGGCGUCCGGUAGCUCGGGACGCUCGUCGGACAGCGGCGCCAGCUACUACGGCUACUCGUCGCACAGCGGGGUCGGUGCCACGGCGUCCAUGCCAUCGCACAUCAUCCAGAACUUCCCCGUAGGGGAGCUGGAGAGCGACGAGGACGACGAGGACCUGGUGAUCGAGGCAGGCGGCGAGGCCGAGCCCAUCAGACGCGCCCCCUCCAACUACAGCAUGCCCUCGCUGCCUCGCUACGAGCCGCACCUCAACCUCCGCACCGCCGCCACCUCCACGUCCGCCCUCUCCAUCAACGCCAACGGGACGCUGCCGGCCAGCGGCAGCAGCGGAUCGCUAAGCAACACCAACGCCACUUCCACCACGCCGUCCCCGGAGAGAGGAAUAGAGAGGCGAAGUCUAGAGGAGGACGGCACUGUUAUAACUCUGUAGGCUGCUGGGCAUUCACACACUAAACACUGGAAACACUCAAAUGCUUUCACUCACACUUGUGGGAGUCAUAAAUCCUGUUCCAUCAUACAGCGACUGUCCCUGGGAAGCACAAUAAAAAGUGUACAUAUUACAUCACAACACUGAUACCUAAAUGUUCGUACAUCUCAACAUUCACACGUCAAACACUGCACUCCAUACUUCCCUCCUCUACAUGCCAACGACCACGCAUGUGUGCCAUAGUGGUGACCGCUUCCAGUUCUGCCGGUACAAAAUAUCACACAAAGAAGUGUCGAAGAAGUGUAAUUUGACGCCCCCCAAUAACCUUUACUUGCAUUUCUAAACCACUACAAGCACUUGUUUUUCACCUGGAAACUGUUGUUAUGCUGAGCUUCCACAAGAGGGCAGAGAUGAGACACUCAGCCCUAUGAGUAGAUGAAGGGAGAAGUCCUGUGAUCAACUUAAUUCCAGUCACCAUAACAAACACACAGAAGCAGGAUUUCAGCUCCAGCUUUUGUUGACAAUCAGUGGUUGUUUUUUUUUUUUUUGCCUUGUCAUCCAUCCACCUGCACCACUCUAUGACCACCUCCCUUCCCCCAGGUGACCACAGCACGUGAUUGGUAAACGGUUGCGGUAUUUUCCACAUAAAACAGUACCACAACCAUUGACCAAGUGCUGAGAUCUGUAAUAAUAAUAAUAAUAAUAAUAAUGAUGUAGUUUUUAUUGAGGAGAAACUACCUAAAAACAAGUCUGGGUUCUUUGUGUUGGCUCAGAUGCUUUUAACUACUGUUGUAGGCUGUUUUUCCUCUUUUUAUCUGCUGUGUUAAUGACUGAGUGAUAAUGAAAGGUUGAUGAUUUUGAUCAUUCUUGGGAGCAACAUGUCUUUUAAAAAUCAUUUACCAUCAGGCCUGUGUUUUAUAUUGUUUGAAAAUGUUGUUUCUUCUUUUUUUAUUAUCAUAAUUUUUUUUACACACUACUUGUACCUCACAAGUGACUGUAUGACCAGUUUCCAAAAUCGCUCCUAACUGGGAAUGGGACAUCUUAGAAUUAAUUUCCCUCUCAUAUUUCCUUUAUAUUGCACUCCCUCUCCUUUCCACGACAAGGGCUAUUUCCCCUGCUGCAUGUGUACAAAUGACAAAAUGUGAAUGUGAUUUAUUAUUUUUUUGUUUGUUUAUUUUCUCCCUCCUUAUUCUGUCUGGUUCCAUGUCUCAGUAUAACCCAUCUCAGUGCUGUACAAUAUAUUUUAAUCUCUGUUGUUUUGGCCCCGAGUUCACUUGGAUGUGUCCCGAGGCAUUCACAUAUGAAAAGUGUUCUCUCCAGUAUUUCUGCACCACUUCCUUUUUUAUAUCUUCAUUCUCAUUGAAUUCCAAUAAUGACACAUGAGGAGAGAAUGUAAUACAGGAACUGUAUUCAGAAUGCUACUAAAUAUUGACUUUGGGCCUGAAAUGGCAGAUCAAUUGCUGGACUGCAACACUAUCAGCAAAUGAAACCACAGAAGUGAGAGACGCAUACAGUGAAAAGAGAGAAACCACCUGUAUCUCAAAAUAAGCCCUGGUCAGACUGAGUCAUAUUAAAACAAACAGGCAUGAAGGAACACUGGGCACAAACUGAUUCACUUAUUUGAGAAAGGUGAGGCAGGUCUGUCUUAUGUAAAGUCUGAUCUAUGUUUGGUAAUUCCAUCAACGCUGUAGCUUUUCUUAAAAAGUUCCUAACGAGGCAGUAAAGAAGUUUCUCUCAGCAAAAACUUGACUGACGGCUCAAGCCUAAAUUUAAAAAAUAAAUAAUUAAUUGUUGUGUUUUUUUUCUCUAAAGCUGCACUAAGCAAAUAUGCUCCUCAGCCCUUUGAGGCAGAUUUAUAAUUUGGGACUUUAGAAAUGCAUUUGACUUGAUUUUCUGGUUGUGAAGUUCAUUUGAUUUCAGCAACAAAUUUUCAGAGUGCAGCUUUAAAUUGUAUGUGUGGGAUUUUUACACUUAAAGGACCAAUGUGUAGGUUUUUCUCCCAAUUGUUUAUUUAUUAGGGACAUAGCAGGAAUUGUCACUUACUGUAAACGAGGCCCCUACUCCGCUACUCCACAAAAAAGUGAACGCAAACCCCAGAUUCACUCUUGUUUUGAUAGGAACUUUGUAUUUUGUAAAUGUAAAAAAAAUUAGGCUAAAUGCCCCAAAGACAAAGAGUACAGGGUCUCUGAAGAUUCAUACACGGCCACACACGACAAGUUAUACAAUAACUUAUAAUUGAGAGACAUUAUUUCUGUUGGAGUCUAUACAUUGUUUUUUUUUUUUUUUUUCUUUUGGGAAAAUCCUGUAUAGUGUACCUUUUUAAUUUACAUAAUAUAGCAUUACAAAAUGUCAACAUGCUGGAGUUAGCAAGUAUGCUUCACAUCCGUGAAAUUAGGGGAUCUAUUGGCAGAAAUAUAUUAAUAUAUAUAAUAAUAUUCAUAACUAUGUUUUCAUUAAUGUAUAAGCACCUGGAACGAAAAAAAAAACAUGUUUUCGUUAACUUAGAAUGAGACCUUCAUAUCUACAUAGGAAGCAGGGGCUGGAUUCACAAAGCAUUCUUAAGAAAAAAAUGCUUCUUAAGUGCCACUUUUUUCUGAUCUUUUCUUUAGUUUUUUUCUUAACUUUCUUCUUUAGUUUUUUCCUAAAAUAGAACCUGAGAACAAAUGAGAUUCUUUAAAACAAAGUUCUUUGACUUCUAAAAUUUCUUCUCAACUUUAAGAGAAGCCCUCAGCAGACUUAAAACAGCUACAGUGAAAAAGAUAAGUCUUGAUAUGGAUUUACUUGAACUAAUUUAUUUAACAUUUAUUUGAUUUCUCUAAUAAUUUAGUUUAGCCCUAGACUAAAUUGUUAAUACAUUUAUUAUUUUGGCAGUUGACAUAUAAUUGAAAUGUCCUUUCAGUCUGUGUGACGUGUUCCUAGAUUACACUACGAUGUACUCUUAGUAAAUCAUGGAGGCAGUUGUUGUAUUUGAUACUAAAUUCAUCACGAUGAACAUUUUAUUUAAGUAGGCCAAGUUACUGAAACCAUGUCCUUAUUAUUACUUUUAGAUUGAAGUUCUCACGUUAUUGUCACAUGAAUGAUCUUAAGUUAAAAAUCUAAGAACUUCCUAAGUGAGAAAACUAAGAAGUUCCUAAGACAUACGACAAUUCUUAAGAAAAAAAUGGUGAAUAGCAUUUAAGAACAUACUUAGGAUGAUCCUAAUUUUUUUUUUCUUAAGAAUUUUCUUAAGUUUUAUUUUAAGAACACUUUUGUGAAUCCGGCCCUUGGUCCUUUUCCACACAGUCCGCCAUGUUGCACCAUCAUAUUUCUACAGUAGCCCCGAACAAACAAACCAAACACUGACGCUAUAGAGGGCCCUUCAUGUUUUUAUGUUACCCGCCCGGCCACCAUAGGUUCUCUACAUGCUUGGAAAGGGAGGGUUGAGCUGGAGGGUAAUUAGGUUGUUGCAAUAUGCAACCUCACCACCAGAUGGCACAGUGGUAAAUCCAACUAUAAAUCCUACACACUGGUCCUUUAACUCCAAUUCAUUUUCUAAUUAAAUCCCACAGAAUCCUGUUCUUGAAGUGGAUCCAUAACAUUUAUUGGAAGUCUAUGUCCAUUAACCUUACGUGUUGCUGCUAACUGCCUCCUUGAAGCGAGAGCAGAUGAUCUAUUAUUUCUCUUAUUGAUUUUCAGUAUUUGCUCUCUCCUUAAAAGUGACACCCUUGACUUUAGCAUGGAUUUGAUCUCACUUACUAAAACACGUUGGACACUCACACACCCUCAGUUAAGUUUAUUGGCUUCAUCUGAACCUAUGUGCACUUGUAUUGAAACACAUGACAUUCAUACAGAUCACUAUUAUCCUAAUUUUCAUCUUUUAGUUCUGGUUAUUGCUUGAAUAUCCAAUGAGCCUAUCAGACAGUGAAUAUCUAUGACUGGAAACCAACACACAUACAAAACAUAUGUGCAUCCACUAUUGUAUUUCAAGCUGUGUGUAUAAUAAGGUACUGUCUUUUAUGGGACACAGAGUGCUGAUGGGAUUCUGUCCUCUUUCUUUCAUUCCUGACAUUGAACAGUAAUGAAUGGUACUCUGAGCGGAAGACUUUUAGAAAUCAAUGUUAAUUUAUUUUCUUAAUUUCUAACUUUACCACAGGACACUGGGAUUGUAACCACAGCGACACUGUUAUUUAUUCUCUAAUCAUGCAUCUACAUUUUUCUUUCUUUGUAUACAUUUCAUAACUUUAUUUUUAUAACUGAUAUGUUUUUUUUUUGUUAAUUCGUGAUUGUUGUUUUGGUCGUAAAUCUCACGGUAGAUGUCAUUGCCCAAUAGGAGACUAUUUCAUUUGGUGAUUUUACUGCAACAGGAGAAUCUGUGCAAGACACUAUUAUUUUUUCCAUACUGUGAAUUAUCAAUAUUAUUUUGUGGAAGAGAAACUGUUUUAUUAGCACAACCUCAAAACAGGCUACUUAUUUUGCUUCAAGUCAGAUUUUUUUUUUUUAAAGUGAUUGAGCAAUGAUUUUUGCUUGCCAGAUAAAUCCUAUGGUAUAGAUUUGUAAUGAAGAUUGUCAGUAUUUUCAUAUCAAUGCUAUAUAUGAUGUACAUUUUUAUCACAUUAAAUGAAAAUGUUUUAAGAUUCAACUGGAGUUGUAUGAAUAAAUAGAUGUACACCUGUAAUUUCUGAUCGGAGGAGCUGGAUGAAAUAAACUAAUAUGUAGCGAUA